AUGAGAGGGACUGUGUUCUAUGAUGGACAUAGAAUGGAAGCUUUGGAAAAUUCCAGAAGUUACAGCAUUCACCGUUAAAAGCUCGACAGAAUCAGAAAUGAGAAUAGAUUCCUAAAUAUGAGGAGUGUAACUAAAGGGCAUUUAGGCUAGUUGAACAAUAACAGCACUAGCAAAAAUAGCUCAUCACCUUAGCAGAGCUAUACAGGGGGAUCAAAUACAUAGAAUAUCGCCAACAAGGGAUAUCAUAAUGACUAAUUACUUCAAAGAAGUAUCUCCAACAAGCAUUAAUAACUUCAAAAAGCAAUAAUUCAGAGUCAAAUCCCUGAACUAUGUACAAAGAAAAAGUUGGGAUCCAGCAGAGAUUAAAUGUCAAGAAAUAUCAUGGGAAAGCAAGCAGAAUUGAGUAAAACCUUUCACAGCGGAGAAUAGCUGAAGAAAAAUAUGCUAAGAAUUAGAUAAGAAAAUAAGGUCAUAUUUGGAAAACUCCUUAAAAAAGAUAGUGUUGUGGAUUCUGCCAAAAUUCUAGGAUAGAAAUGGGAAAAUACCCUCUAACUUAGAAAGAAAUUAUCUAAAACUUUCAGAAGCCCUAUAAAGUCUAGCUGCUUUGAAGGAAAUAACAGUAUGCGAAUAGAAACAGCCAAUUUUAAUAACUAUCAUCUUCCUCUUAUAAGAAAUACAAGAAAUGACAGUUAAAUCAAUAAUAGUCGAAAAAAUGCGAAUACAAUGGAAUAGAAGUUUGAUUCAAAUGAUCAGAGAACUCAGAGAAACAAAAUUAGCUUUAUAAACUAAAAGAAAUAGUUUCAUGCUAAAGAUUUAAACUCGUAAAAUAAUGAAAAUCUUAUCAUAAAGGAUAAAUUUGACUAGUCAAUAGAUUCUAGUCUAGCUACUAAUGAGUUUGAUGAGUAUUAGCUAUGA